AGACAUAUGGACAAGCCAGGAGACUGGAUGAUUAUUCGCGCAGCCCUCGAUAUGAGGUUGACGGGGGUAGAGGCGACUCUCGAGGCAGGUGGGAGUCGGAUUAGGGCCGACGAGAUGGAUACAGGGACGAUGGAUAUGAGAGGCCGGACCGAGAUGGAUACAGGAGCAGCAGAUAUGAGAGAGGAAAUUGAGAAGGAGACCGACGAGAUGAUUCGCGUGGCAUGUAUGACCGCGGGGGAUACCCGAGAGAACAGCACGACGACUCGCGGGGGUGGUACAACCGAGGAGAUCGACGCGAUGAGUCACGCGGGCGAUACGACUCUGGGGACCGCCGAAACGAUUCACGAGGACAAUAUGGGCAAGGAGUACCUAGAGGAGACCGCCGCAAUGAUUCACGUGACCGAAAUGAGAGAGGCGGAUAUGGCGCGUCAUCUCAUCCGUAUCCGAAAUGAGCUGGGAGACGUAUCAAUGUUCCCUUCGAUGAAGGAGAAUGUAGAGGCAAGGAGAGUAAAGCCGAGUGAAGCAAAGGAGCCGGUUAGGAGCCAGAGCAUCAAGAUAACCUUCGAAGGAGAUAUGGCAACCACACCCAUAAGGGUGGCAGCUACCAAGUCGGCGAGAGGGUCUACAUCAAAGAAGACUGACACGGAUUACGUGAUGGCGGAGAAGGACGGACAGCGGAUCGAUGGAGAGGAGGUUAUUCUUUCGCCACGAAAGCGGGGAGUGAAGAAGUUCUUGAUGAAGAGUUCGCUGGAUGAGAUUGACACGGUCGAGCCAUUGAGACGGGCCCUUCGGCAGCCCAUGCAGUGCUAUAUUUUUGAGUAUCUGGCAGCAUCCAAGCCAGCUCGCGACGAGAUGACUCCUAAGGCGAAUGCUCUUACUGUAGCAGUGUCGGAGGUGACUGCUAGAGCGGAUCGCAUGGCGACAGUUCUUCUUGAUGGGAUGAAAGGUGUGCCUCCAGACAAGUUUUACACACUUGGUAGUGGGGCCAUGGAGGCGAUCCUAAACGACGGAGCGGUACUGGAUGCUGUGAUCGAUAACAGCAGCGAGGCUGUCAUUAUAGAAGAGGAUCUGGCAGAGCAAGUUGGACCCGGACUCGAUAGGUCAUACUUAUUCGAGAUAGAGACGGCUGAUGGGAGAAAACAACAGAUCACCGGGGUUUGUCACAAGGCAGCUAUAGAGGUCCAAGGGGUACGAGUGACCCUGCCAGUCUUUGCAGUCAAGAACUGCAGCUCUGACCUGCUCUUGGGACGGACGUGGUUGAGCCACGUGCAUGCGGUGACGAUAGAGCGACCGGGCGGGAGCCAGGCAUUGUCCAUUAAGAAGCUAGAUGGGACGCGGGUUAUGAUUGAGACGGUGGAGCCUCGAGACCCUGCGAGACCCAGUAAUCGGAUUAAGUCAUUACCUAUCUCCGGCCGCGCGGUUCGAUUUCGCGAGAAGAAGUAUGGACCUCUACUCACAGAAGAAGAAGGCGGGAUUGUAGAAGUGGAAGAUUUAGGGAGUCGACUGAUAGUGGACGGUAACUCGUAUCCAAAGGAGGAAGAUGAGGAGUUUGGCGGCGUGAUAUCUGUGUCUUUUUUAGGGGCACAGCCCCCUGCGGGGGGCGGGGGGCGACCAAAAAGACACAGGCAGUAGCUCAGAACGUAAAGCCCGCGGUC